CGCUCCACAAUCGACACUCCAACAUUACACGCAGAUCCCACGCGCCACAGCACUCGAACCAUGGAUGCUCCUGUUGUAAAGUUCAAGAAACGAGGCGCCAAAGCCGCACCGCGUAAAGCCGCGCCGCCACCACCACGCUCAGACUCCGACACAUCAUCCGACUCAGAAGGAGAAGGCGAGGACGGGCGCGUAGUCAAGCGGCGAAAAGUCAACGACAACGCCCUCAAAGCUUCAACCGCCGACCAACGAACGAACACAUCGAUCGAGGGCACCACGAAAUACGAAGCCAACCGUUCCGCGGUGAUAGAAGCAAGCACCGACGCCACUAAGCAGUCGAACUGGUACGACGAGACCACAAAAGAUGCCCUGAGUGCAAAGAACCUGCUCGGCAGCACGCGCGCCAAGCCGUCCCUCACCGACAAGACCCCCGAUGCACCACCACCGCGACAAGUAGGGCCGCAGAAAUCUUCGACGAAUAUCCGCACAAUCACAGUCACAGACUACACACCCGAUGUGUGCAAGGACUACAAGCAGACGGGGUUUUGCGGCUUCGGCGACAACUGCAAGUUCCUGCACGCGCGUGAGGACUAUGCGGCAGGCUGGAAGCUCGAUCGGGAAUGGGAAAUGUCAACCAAGGGCAAGAAGCCCGGCGGGACAAUCGUCGCAUCCGCGAACCGAGACGAGAAAGAAAAGGACGACGACGGCGUUGAUCUAGCGCUGUUGGAGAAGAUCCCCUUUGCCUGCAUAAUAUGCAAGCAGCCGUACAAGAACCCCAUCAUCACGAAAUGCGGCCACUACUUCUGCGAAGCCUGCGCGCUGAAGAGAUACCGCAAAGACCCUACGUGUGCAGCGUGCAAUGGGAAGACACAGGGCGUGUUCAAUGGCGCGAAGAACCUGCAGAAGCUGCUGGAUAAGAAGCAGAAGUGGGAGGACAAGAAGAAGGCUGAAGCUGAGGCGGCGGAGAAGGAGAAGGAAGAAGCAGGUGGUGGCUGAGGUGUUUGCAUAUGGGUUGAGCCUGGAUCGGCCAAAAACAGAGGUUUCUCGUCGCGUCUGACAAAGAUAGGACACCCGUACCAGGUUCACAAGCAUAUCGCUCCAGUUUGGAGUGAUAUGAAUUGAUGCUCGUCCUGCUGCAACAUGUAUUGAUACCUAUCGCCUGUUGAGUCAACGAAAUCCAACUAUCUGGCAUUAGCCAAAACCCACCUGUCGCAGAACCGUCGGCGACGCACUAGACUGUUCGUGCUUUGUGUUCCCGAGCGCAACGUGCUCCCGACUGUUGGUAUCGUGGACACGAAGUUCUCCCCGGGCCUGGAAAAGCUGGUAGAGCCACUGGCGAAUUAAUCGGGAAACGGGACCAUGUGCUGUUCGGCGAAAGAUAGUAGUCUAUUCUAUAUAGUCUAAUUAAAUCCGCUUAUUCAAGACCCAAUUGA